CGCCCGAAGCCAUGGACGCGGCCGCUCCGCGGACCGAUGUGCUCGUCUCCCGGCUGCUCCUGCUCACACACAUCGUUGUGGCAGCAGAGCCGCUGGUCCAGGGCCUGAGGAAACUCCCGGAAGACAUCGACUGGUCGUACUCAGGCGCCCUGAACCAGCGGGGCUGGGGUCAGAGGUACCCGACGUGCAACAGCGCCCGGCAGUCCCCGGUGGAUGUCGACGAGACCUUCACGCAGGUCAGGCUGCAGUACCAGAACCUGCAGCUAGAGGGCUGGGACAGGCCCACAGCGGAGUCCACCACCGUGCACAACGACGGGAAGACCGUGGCCCUGGACGUGGACGGGGACUUCUUCGUGAGCGGAGGCGGCCUCAGCUCCAGGUUCCGGGUCGCCAGGAUCACGUUCCACUGGGGGCGCUGCAACGCCACGUCGGACGGGUCGGAGCACAGCCUGAACGGGAUGAAAUACCCGCUGGAGAUGCAGAUCUACUGCUACGAUCCAGAUGACUCCCAGAGUCUGGACGCCGCCGUCCGGGAUGGGGGGCGGCUGGCCGCCUUGUCGGUGCUGUUCGAGGUCAGCCUGGACGAAAACGAGAACUUCACGCCCGUCAUCGAGGCCGUCAACACCGUCAGCCGGUUUGGGAAGAGCGGCUCGGUGGAAGCCUUCGCCCUGCGCUCGCUGCUGCCCAACAACACCGACAAGUACUACAUCUACAACGGCUCGCUGACGGCGCCGCCCUGCUGGGAGACGGUGGAGUGGAUCGUCUUCAAGCACACCGUGGCCAUAUCGGAAACGCAGCUGGAGGUGUUCUGCGAGGUGAUGACCAUGGAGCAGGCCGGGUACGUCAUGCUGACCGACUACCUGCAGAGCAACUUCCGGGAGCAGCAGCAGCAGUUCAUGGGCCAGGUGUACGCCUCCUACACCGGCGUGGAGGACGUGCUCACGCCAACCUGCAGCUCGGAGCCGGAGAACGUCCAGGCCGACGCGCAGAACGACACCACCAUCGUGGUGAUGUGGGAGCGGCCGCGCGCCGUCUACGACACCACCAUCGACUGGUACACCGUCACCUACCAGAGGCUGCAGGGCCGCGGCCAGGCCAAGCGGGAGUACCGCACCGACGGGGACCAGGACGUGGGAGCCAUCAUCUCCAGCCUGCUGGCCAACAGCAGCUACGUGGUUCAGGUGGUGGCGUUUUGCACCAACGGGCUCCGGGGGCGGUGGAGCGACCAGAUCAUCGUGGACAUGCCGUUAGAGGACCCCGGUAGAAAAACACACACACACGAUUUCAACCCCAGUAAAGAGGUUUCCUCUAAAACCAGACUGGAGAGGCCAGGUAAGAAGAGCCGGGUGGAUCUGACCCCAGACGACCACAGCCCGGUGGAGGAGGUCCCGGCGGAGCAGACCAGGGUUUACCAGAACCAGCCCACCGUCCAGACCAGGGCCCCGGCGCCCGACUCCGCCGUCCUGCAGAAGACCCGACCCAACCCGAGGCAGAACCCCGACCGGAGCAGGGCGGGCCCGGAGGAGGCGGACCAGAACUGGAUCGACUACGACGAGGCGGCGCAGACGGAGCGGCCCCUCACCAAGCCCAGCUUCGACGGCAACGGCGCCAUCUGGAUCUCCGAAGCGACGGAGCAGCCAGGCUUCCUGUUCCCGGUGGUCCGGGCCACCACCCUGCCGACGGUCCGCCGGCAGAUCACGGAGGAGGCGUCGCUGUCGGUGAUCCCGCAGCAGCUUGAAGACGGCGAUCCGCCGGAUCCCACCGCUGAAAACGGCCUCCCCCCCUCCGCCUCUCCCACAGACGACAUCCAGGUCACGGACGUCUUCUAUGAAGACUCGGUGAACAGCGCUCCGGUGGAAACCCUCACCUCGCCUCCCACCGAGUCUGCCGCCGGGCUGCCAGGUAAGGAGGAGGACAGAGGCUCGGCGUCCACCUCCGGACCCUCCACCUCCUCGCCGCUGUGGGUCACGGAGAGGGCGGGCACGGCCAGCAACACGCUCGCCGACUCCAUCUACAAGUCGCUCACCACCUCGUCCCUCGUCCGGGUGCUGAUACACACCACGCAGCCCAUGUUCAACGGAGGGAGCAACAGCAGCCACGAGUCUCGGGUCGGGCUGGUGGAAGGCGCAGAGCGGGAGAAACGGACGGUGGUCCCGUUGGCGGUGGUCUCCACUCUGACCAUCCUCUGCCUGCUGGUCCUGGUGGGCAUACUCAUCUACUGGAGAAACUGUUUCCAGGCCGCUAACUUCUACCCAGACGACACGGCGUCUCCUAAAGUCAUCUCGGCGCCGUCGACCCCGCUGCUGCUGGCCACCGAUGGUCACGAGCCGCUGACGGUGAAGCAGUUUGUGAAGCACGUCAUGGAGCUGCACGCCACCAACACCUUCUCCAAGGAGUUCGAGAUUGUCAAAGAGUCCUACGAGGAGGUGCAGGCCUGCACGGUGGACAUGGGAAUCACCGCCGACAGCUCCAAUCACCCCGAGAACAAAAGCAAGAACCGCUACAUCAACAUCCUGGCCUACGACCACAGCAGAGUGAAGCUCUCCAACAGUCUGGACAGAGACGGGAAAUGCGGCGACUACAUCAACGCCAACUUUGUGGACGGCUACGAGCGGACCAGGGCGUACGUGGCGGCGCAGGGGCCGCUCCGCGCCGGCCGGGAGGACUUCUGGAGGAUGAUCUGGCAGCAGAACGUCGGCGUCAUCGUCAUGAUCACCAACCUGAAGGAGAAAGGGCGGACCAAGUGCGACCAGUACUGGCCGGACGAGAACCAGGAGGAGUACGGGCCGUACCAGGUGACCCUGAAGAGCGCCAAGACGCUGGCCUACUACACCAUGAGGACGUUCACCGUCCGGGACACGGCCAAUAAGGCGCCUCAGAGGAGAGUCGAACACACGGUGCUCCACUUCCACUACACCCAGUGGCCCGACAUGGGCGUCCCAGAAUACACCCUGCCCGUCCUGGCCUUCAUCCGGGCCUCGUCUCAGGCCCGCACGCAGGAGAUGGGGCCCGUCCUGGUGCACUGCAGCGCCGGAGUGGGCAGGACGGGGACCUACAUCGUGAUCGACAGCAUGCUGCAGCAGAUCCAGGACCAGGGGACGGUCAACGUCCUCGGCUUCCUCAAACACGUGAGGACGCAGCGCAACUUCUUAGUCCAGACGGAGGAGCAGUACGUGUUCAUCCAUGACGCCCUGGUCGAGGCCAUCCUCAGCCGGGACACGCUGGUGACCUCUGACCUCCUGCACUCCUACGUGUCCGACCUGCUGAUCCCGGGCGCCACGGGCAGGACGCGCAUGGACAAACAGUUCAAGCUGAUCAGUCAGCGCCAGGCGAAGCACGCCGACUACAGCACGGCGCUGAAAGACGGCAACGCCGAGAGGAACCGGGCGCGAGCGCUGAUGCCUGUGGAGAGAUCCAGAGUUUCUCUCUCCGUCUCGGAGACAAACGCCACGGGUUACAUCAACGCCUCUUACGUGACGGGACAUCGCCACACCCGGGAGUUCAUCGUCGGCCAGACGCCCAUGAGCAGCACGGUGGCGGACUUCUGGAGGAUGAUCUGGGAGCACAACACGCACACCGUCGUCUGUCUGCCAGACUCACACAGCCAGACCAGCGCUGUGGACGGCUGCGUCUUCUGGCCGCGGCGAGACGAGCCGCUGAGCGUGGACGGCCUCACCGUGUCGCUCCGCGGCGAGGAGCACGUGUCCGUGUCCAACGGCGAGCGGCUGCUGGUGCAGGACUUCGCCGUGGCGUCUCCUCAGAACGACUACGUGCUGGAGGUGCGUCAGUUCGGCGCCGCCUGCUGGCCGAACCCGGACAGCCCCAUCAGGAACUGCUUCGACCUCGUCAACACGGUCAGGGAGCGCAGCCGGCGCGCGCACGGACCCACGGUCGUGCACGACCCUUUGGGAGGCGCCACGUCGGGCCUGUUCUGCGCCCUCACCACGCUGAGCGCCCAGCUGGAGGAGGAGGGCGCCGUGGACGUCUACCAGGUGGCCCGCAUGACCAACCUGAUGCGGCCCGGCGUCUUCAACGACGUGGAGCAGCACCAGUACCUGUACCGCGCCGUGCUGAGCCUGGUGAGCAGCCAGGAGGACCAGCGGGCCCUGCAGAGCCCGGAGACCAACGGCUCGGUGCCGCUGGGGCAGACCAACGUGGCCGAGAGCCUGGAGUCGCUCAUGUAGGGCGGCGGUGAAGCCCCAG